AUCAGCGCCAAUUUAAUUUCUGUUACCAAACUGAGCAAAUGUAUAUCACAUUCAGUUGGUGAAGAUACCAUUGAUUUUUGGGCUCCGUUAUUUCGUCUGGCAUCCUUGGCUGGUAAUGAAGAUGCUAAGUAUACAUAUGCACAGAUGUUGCGAUCAGGAACUGGUAUCGAUCCUGACUUGUUAGAAGCUGCAAAAUUGUUUCGUGAUCUUGCAAAUGAUGGUCAUCCAUAUGCACAAUUUGCCUUGGCAGGUAUGUACUAUCAUGGAAUUGGCUUAGACCAAGAUUUUGAAACUGCCUUUCAACUUUAUGAGAAAAGCGCAAAAAACGGAGUUGACAUGGCCCACAGUAUGUUAGGAAACAUGUACCUUAAUGGUCAGGCUGUUGAACAAAAUGACAAACUUGCUUUGCAAUAUUUUCAAACUGGAGCAAAGAAAGGUGACCCAACUGCUGAACUCUCUCUUGCUCACUGCUAUUCCUAUGGAAAGGGUGUAACACAAGAUUUGACCAAAGCUUUCGAGUACCAUGUCAGUGCCGCAGAGAAAGGCCAUCCUAUUGGUAUGUACAAUGUUGGAACACAGUAUUUUGCUGGGAAGGGAGUUGAUGUCAAUAUGGAAAAAGCAGCAGAAUACUUUGAAAAAGCUGCAAACCUAGGAUUUGAACUUGCUCAGAUCAAUUUGGGGAAUAUGUACUACAAUGGUCUAGGCGUGGAGAAAAACUGGGAACGGGCCAAGGAACUGUAUCGUCAAGCUGCGCCAACGAACAAAAAUGCAGCGGCUUUACUCAAAGAAGUCGAGGAAGAUGAACGGAAGCUACGGGAGGAACAGAAGCCCGAGGAAUGAGUACGAAUACCCGGUCACCUAGGGCCCCAGGGCACAUGCAGUAUAAGAAUCACUCUACGGUGUACAUUCCAUUCAUCGCGUUUGCGCGGGGAAGGAGGCGGGGCGGGGGGCAACGAUCAAAUAAACUAAAGGAUCUCUUUACCAAACUCUCAGUGUUUAAAUGCAAAUGUUUUGAUAAAGAUGUUUUGAGUAAUUUCUUUGGAUCAUUAUUUUAUACGGUUUUACAGUAAUAAAACAUCUAGUUCAAGCGCGGUUUUGUGUUGCGUCACAACCCAUCAUUACAUGUUCAACGAUGUGGAUCAAUUUCAAUUUUCAAUAAUUGCAAUAUUUUUUUAAAAAUAAACAAUAUCCGUGAUCGUUUCAAUAAUUCAAUUUAUCUAAAAGCAGCCUCCGCCCUCUAUUCUUGAUAUAAAAAUCUUUCAUAGCAACGUAUU